GCUAUGACCGCUUCAUUACUCCUCCAUUCGCACUGGAUUGACCCGGUGAUGUUUCUCUACGACAACGGCUUGGAUGAAAGAAACAAGAACAUGGAAGGAUUUACUGGAGGCAAUUUUGCUGCAAACCAGUGCAGGAAUUUGUUAGCGCAUCCAACCUCGCUGGCUCCGAGCACCACCUACACUGCGAGCGAGGUGCCAGUCUCUGGCAUGGGGGAGCCUGGCAAACAAUGCAGUCCCUGUUCGGCCACUCAGAGCUCGCCCAAUGCAUCUUUGCCCUAUGGAUAUUUUGGCAGCAGUUAUUACCCAUGUAGGAUGUCACACGGCAGCGUCAAGGCUUGCGCACAGCCCUCUGGUUAUGGCGAUAAAUACAUGGACUCAUCGGUCUCUGGUGAGGAGUUCUCAACCAGGGCAAAGGAAUUUGCGUUUUAUCAGGGCUACUCCUCUGGUCCUUACCAGCCCAGCUACUUGGACGUCCCUGUCGUUCCUGCCCUGAGUGCUCCAUCUGAGCCAAGACAUGAGCCUCUGUUGCCCAUGGAGCCCUACCAGCCAUGGGCCAUCACCAAUGGUUGGAGUGGUCAGGUUUAUUGCACCAAGGAGCAGCCACAGUCAAAUCCUCUGUGGAAAUCCUCGUUACAAGACACUAUAUCUGGUGGAGACAGUUCUAUCCGCCGUGGGAGAAAGAAGCGUGUGCCAUACACCAAGGUGCAGCUUAAGGAACUGGAAAGGGAGUACGGCGCCAAUAAAUUCAUCACCAAGGACAAAAGGAGGAGGAUAUCCGCGCAGACUAAUCUGACGGAGAGACAAGUGACAAUCUGGUUUCAGAACAGGCGCGUAAAGGAGAAGAAAGUCGUGAAUAAAUUCAAGGGCUCCAGUUAGCUCUGGAGAUACUGA